CUCCUGAUAGCAGAGCAGGCGUCACCAGAUUCGUUGCAGAAACUAUUACUGUGCCUCCUACAUCUUUAUCACAAGUUGGCUCACUGCACUAGCAUGCAGGAGAACAACACUGACCAGCUGCCGUCACUGUCUCAGCUCUUAGCCUUAGCCCAGCAGCGCCACAGCGAGAUGAGCCGCUCAGACGCUUCUUCCACACGUCUUCAGAUCUAUGGGUCGCUCAAAGGAAAGGCGGAGGACUCUGUGGGCCACAGUGACCCCCAAUUCCCAGACCUCUCAGCCUUCCUCAGCCAGGAAGAGUUGGAUAAGAGUGUGAACCUGGCUCGCCAGGCCAUCGGACAUGAGCCUCAAGAGGAGAGGGCAGAGGUUAAGGCCUCUGUUGCACCAUUAACCCCCUCCAACAUCGCCUCAAUCUCAGUUCCUUCCUCUGCACCCCCUUCUGUAACCUUCGCUAACCCCUCCCCUGCUCCUUUUUUUGCCCCCUCCACUGUGCCGUUCACCCAGCCAGCCCCCGGGUUCAAAGAACUGCCGGAAACAAACACAACAUUCACAUCAGACAGAAAGAUGCAUAAAGCCUCCAUACGGCAGGACAACAUGAUCAGGAAAGGCAGGGACUCCAGUGAAGGAUUCAACGACUUUAACAGGUCAGCGAGGAACGCCCCGUACGGUCCGGAGACCCAGUCCAAGAAGGAGUUUCUCAACAAGGCAGCCGACUUCAUUGAGGAGCUCUCCUCUCUCUUCAAGGCCAACAGCUCCAAACGGAUACGACCAAGAGCGUGCAAAGCUCACAGGAGUAGGGUCCAGAACAAGAGCCAGAAAGAUGGGACAGUUUAUCCCCUCUGCUCAGACAACAGGGAGCGCGCUGUCGUGCCCGUGGAGGUGGAGAAGGAGAGCCCCAGCCCUGCUGUUAGCCACCAACAAGAGGUCCAACUGGACUCUGGGACUGGGCAUGUGGAGUUUCAGGACUGCAGGAUUACCGAGGAGCAGCAGUACAGCUGUGUUUCCCAGGAGCUGGCGAAGGAGGAGGCUGAAAGCUGUGCCUCGACAGAAACUCCCCACCCAGCGAAGCCUGUGUGUGAGCCUCCUCAUUUCAUCCAGAAACUGAAAAGCAGGGAGGUUUCAGAGGGAAGCAAGGUCCAAUUAGACUGCAUUGUAAGCGGACUCCCUGUGCCUGAAGUCCGGUGGUUUUGUGAGGGCAAGGAGUUGGAGAACAGCCCUGACAUUCAGAUCAUCACCAACGGAGAGCUGCACUCUCUGAUCAUCGCAGAGGCAUUCGAGGAAGAUACUGGGCGCUACUCCUGUUUUGCAUCUAAUUUCUACGGUACUGACUCCACGUCAGCUGAGAUCUACGUUGAAGGCGCUUCCUCUUCGGAUUCUGAGGGGGAACAGAACUUUGAACAUGUAGUCCAGCUGCAGACGAAAACACAAACGUCAGCUCCAACUUUACCUCCAUCAUUGAGCCAAACCCUUUCUGCAGAAGAGGAAGAGUUUCUGUCAUCCCAACCCACAGCAGCCGCUGAGGAACCAGCAGAGGAGCUGCCCUCACCAUCAACUGAUCAACCUCUUCCACUGGUCCAGACAACCACCGCAGUACUUUCCAUCCCAGAGCUCUCCAAAGUGUCUUUGGCAUCCACAGCACAGCCUGCUCAGGAGGAGUCAACGGUGUCACCCGCCCAGCUGUUUCCUACUUUGUCACGAGGCGAUACAGAACCUUCAGAAACCCAUGAAGUGUCAGCAUCUGUCCCAGUCACAUCCACAUCACAGCAGACAUCUACGGUCAUAGCUACAUCCCUGCCUUUGAGCCCAGCUGUUUCAUCUGUGCUUCCUGUCCAGGCAGCUCCAACACAAGUACCCCAACCUGAGAGUCAAACUUCCAACCACAACUAUCUACAAGGAUUAAACGGGCAACCAAUCAUGGCUGCUCCUGUAUUCACAAAGAGCUUGCAGGACCUCCUUGUGUCAGAUAGCCAGCUGGUGGUGCUAGAGUGCCGUGUGAAAGGGGUACCGUCACCUCGAGUGGACUGGUACAGAGAGGGAAAAAUCAUAGAGGACUCUCCUGAUUUCAGGAUCCUGCAGAAAAAGCCCAGAUCUCCAGCUGAAUCAGAGGAAAUAUGCACUUUGGUCAUUGCUGAGGUCUUCCCAGAAGAUUCGGGGGUGUUUACUUGUACAGCAAGCAACAAGUAUGGAACCGUGUCCAGCACCGCUGCACUGAGGGUCAGAGGCAAUGGCAGAAACAGCAACUCCAUGAGGCCUUUCAACAAUUUACCAGUGGAGCCUGGUCGAAUCGAAGAGCCUUCCCCAUUGGCUCCCACUGUGAACCCUCAACAAGAUGUUACUGUGACCGACAGCAUCAAGCCCCACUCCAGCACCAUUCGCCUAGACUCGCUCAUCUCUAGCAGCUUACGCCUGGACCCCUUAAACACCAGCACCCUCCGUCUGGACCCCCACAGCUCCAGCAUGUUGCGUUCAGACCCCCUUCGUACCAGCCUGCCCAGUCUGGAACCUUCCAGCCUGAGCAGCAGUAGCAGUUCCUGCCUGAACUCUCGCAGCACCAGCACCCCAAACUUAGAUCCUCUCCGCCUCCACCAGAACUCUCCUGGAUCCAGUGAAGCAUGCCCAGAACCACAGAGCAGCAGACAGGUGCUCUCAUACCCAAAACCCCUGUUCGCUCUAUCUGCGGUUGAGACUUCAGCUGAGAAGGAAGUCUCUCGAUCUAUGCUGACAUCGCCUGACACGAGCCCAAAAGUUAAGGGGACCCCAAACCAUCAGAAUGGGAGCCUCAUUGUGGUGCCCCUCCCUGACCCUCCUCCUAACUCCUGUCUUAAGACAGGCAACCUGACAAACCACAAAGACUCACGCUCCAGUUCCAGAGCCGGUCUGCGUGUGCACUUCAAACUGCCUGAGGAUGAGGAGGAUGAACAAAAUGAUGCAUCCAGUCAAUGUUAUGAAGACAUCACUCAGGCAUUAGUCAACAAAGAACCACCACCAGUGCUGGCUAAACCCAAACUGGACCCAGCCCAGCUCCAACUUCUGCAUAACCAAGUCCUCAUGGAGCAGCAGCAGGAGACCGAACCACAGGCCCAAAUCCACAUCCAGCCUCAGUCUCACGCCCCAUUCAAUAUCCAUAUUCAGCCUGAGGUCCAAAGCUCCCAUGAAGGUCCCCUGUGGUCACUCAGAACGCACCAUGAACCCCAUCCGACACCUUUCCAGGCCUACAUUAACACCACUACACCCCCUGAGCAGACACCCCAGUCUGCGCCUCCACUGACCACCACCCCACCUGCUCGCUCACUGAGCUCUGCUCCAGCACUCAAUGCCACAUUUUCAACUCUUCUUAACACUUCUCCUGCUCCGCAUUUCAGCUCCCCUCCUUCUAUUCCUCAGCUAAAGACUUCAUCACUGGUGACUUCGCAUCCAUCUGCCCCACAGCUGAACACAGCUCCUCCUCUCAGUACAGCUACUAUAACCCAGAUGAACACCAUCCAUGCCUCCCACCUCAACCUGUCCCCUGCAUCUCUUGCCAGAACUGCGCCCACUUUCCAGUUCUCCUCUCCUCCAGCGCCAAAGCUUAGUACAGUCCCCACAGAUUCAACCCCAGCCUUACAGCAGAUCAACUCUCCUGCUGCUCUACUGAGAAGCACCCAUGCCUCCCUCAUGAACCUCACCGCCACCUCCUACACCUUCAACUACGCCAGGCCUAAAGAGUUCUUGGCUGCUCAAACCUUCUCACCAGUCAGAAGUCCUUCCCCAACUGAAUCCCCGGUGCCCCUGCUCCAAGAGCUGGCCGCUGAGCUCAACUCCUCUACAGCCAGCUCCCCUACUCUCCCACCAUUUUCUCCACAACCCAGGAUCUUCCCCACGAGGGUGCUAAAGUCUCCCACAAGCUCUCCUUCCUUCAUGUCCUCACCAACACCGGGGUCGGCGCAGUUCCUGAACAGUGUGUUCGCCGUACGAGCCCAGUCGCCCCCCCAGGCCUCUUCUCCCGCCUCCAGCAGCUCCACCCCCAGCCCCAUUCAAAACCCUGUGGCCUUCCUCAGCUCAGUCUUGCCUUCCCUGACCCCGAGUCAGCCCACAAACUCAAUGGGCUUGCCCAAGGGAGCUCCUUUAGGGCUACAAAAGAAGGUACCCAAGGUGCGACUCCCGUCAUCUGAAGACAUUCGUGAGAGCAAAGAAAUCCUCCUCCAUGACAUUGAGAAAAAGUUUGGAUUUAAAGACGAUACUCCACAUUUUGCACAUCAACAGAAGCAGAGUAAUGAGGGGAAAACAGCGAGCAGACCCCUUGGACCAAACAUUCCUGCUACUGUCAUUAACUAUGAUGAGGAGUACAAAGUGUCCAGUUUUGAGCAGAGACUUAUGAGCGAGAUUGAAUUCCGUUUGGAGCGAACGCCAGUGGAGGAGUCGGAUGAUGAGGUGCAGCACGAUGAUGUCCCUACGGGAAAAUGCAUUGCACCCCUAUUCGACAAGAAACUAAAAAACUUCAGGGCCAUGGAAGGCGUGCCUGUCACUUUCUCGUGUAAAGUUGUGGGAAUCCCUCUUCCAAAGGUUUACUGGUUCAAGGAUGGCAAGCAGAUCUUGAGGAAAAACGUCCAUUACAAGAAGAUUAGGGAGGGGGACGGGACCUGUGCUUUACACAUAGAGUCCAUAACCAGUGAUGAUGAUGGCAACUACACCAUCAUGGCAGCUAAUCCACAGGGACGAAUCAGCUGCUCGGGUCAUUUGAUAGUCCAAACGGGCCCCCCCCGAAACCGACUGACACCCAUUCACUCUCAGAGGGUGCGAGCCCGCAUACAGGAAGUUGAAGGUGAUCAAACCCAGGAGCGCUUUUUUCGGCCUCACUUCCUCCAGGCUCCAGGUGACAUGCUGGCGCAUGAGGGAAGACUGUGCAGAUUAGACUGUAAGGUGAGUGGACUACCCAACCCAGAGCUGAUGUGGUUGGUCAACGGGAGGCCAAUCUAUCCAGACCUUUACCACAAGAUGCUGGUGCGGGAGAACGGCAUCCAUUCCCUGGUCAUUGACCCUCUGAUGCAGAAUGAUGGCGGCACAUACACCUGCAUUGCAAGCAACAAAGCAGGACAGAGCUCCUUUAGUCUAGAACUGAAAGUUGUGGAGAAAGAGACAAAGCACCCUCCCCAGUUUGUGGAAAAGCUGCAGAACAUGGGUAUUCCUGAGGGAACUCCAGUCAGGCUGGACUGUCGGGUGGUGGGUAUGCCCCCACCAGUCAUCUUCUGGAAGAAAGACAAUGACACCAUUCCUAAAACGAAGCACAGAAUCAGCAUGACCCAGGAUGCCACAGGAUAUGUGUGUCUCCUUAUCCAGCCAACUACAAAGGACGAUGCUGGCUGGUACACGGUGUCAGCAAAAAAUGAGGCUGGAAUUGUGUCCUGCACCUGCAGGCUUGAUAUCUACGCACAGUGGCAUCAGAGCAUCCCUGCACCCAUGAAGAAAGCUCCGUGCACAGGCAGCCGCUACGCCGCUCUGACUGUCCAAGGGCUCGACAUCAAGUCAGCUUUCCCCACGUCGGAGACCAGUCCCAUCCUGUUCUCCAGCUAUCCUCCUGAGGCCAUGCUGGAGAGUGAGGAGCUGUGAGCUGUCUGCAAACACUCCAGCAUUGUGACCCCCAGAGCCUUCUGUGUGACCUCCCUGAGGGCAAAACAGUAGAAGGGAGAAUGAUUAUCCGAGCACAUUGUCAUGUGAUUUGUGUGAUGCAUUUGAAGUGAUACAUUCAGAGUAGAAUGGCAGAGAAUUAUUGCAUUUAAGCUAUCAGCACCGAUAGUGGGUUUGUCACCAUUCCUAUUUACUCAAAUCAUAUGAAGAGUGUUUCACAUACAGAAAAAUGACAGAAUUACAAAGUCUUAGCUCAUGAGCCAUCAGUGGAGUUGAAUGUUGUUCUCUGACAAUUUUGAAAAAUUCACGUUUGUUUUCUACAUAAUAUUUAGCUACAAUCGUGAGGUUGUUGUUGAAUGUUGGUGAUAAUAUCUUUUCCUAAUAGUUAGUCCUAUUCUCAAAGUGGUAUCCACACCACUUAAUUUUAUUGCAAAAAACAUAUACAGUGGUGUCAGAAAGUAUUCAGACCCCUUCACGUUUUGCACACUUGUGUUGUUGAUUUAAUUUUA